CAAUGACCCAAACAAACAAAAACCGGAUCAUGCGCACCCAAACGCACUUAAAAUUGUCGUUUCAAUUUUCAACACGCACCUCACGAGGGUUCUUCUUCUUUCUCGUUUAUUUUUUCUGGUGAAUGAAAAAAAAAAAUUCAAUUCAAUUUAUUUACCCUAAUUUAUUCAUUUAUUCAUUCACCAUUGCACUUUUCUUCUUUCUUCCACGGACCUUUUCCAUUUUCCAAUGUCACAUCAUAUCAUACAUAUUUAAUUUGACUUUCUUUAUUGUUUUCUCUCAGAAAAUAAAUUAAACUCGAAGAAGUACCUGAAAAAUUAAAUAUAUAUAAUGUUGUCGAAUUAAUUAAUAUUAAAUUCUUCUUCUUCCUCAUUUUCUUUUUCUCUCCCUCCAACAAACAAUAACCCCUUUUUCCUCUUUUCAUUCAUCUCUCUCUCUCUCUCUCUGAUUCUCUCUGCUUUUCCAUUAUUCUUCCUUUAUUCCGCUAUUUCAAGGUCAGUUUUCUCUUUUCCUUUUCCCUUUUCUCUUUUCAAUUUCAAUUUCAGCUCUUCAAUUCAAUUUUUUCAUCUCUAAAUUAGAAAAAAUCCUUUCAAUUUCACCUUUUAUAUCUUUUCAUUAUUUUGUUUUUUUUUUCUUCAUUUUUUUGUUUGUUUGUUUGUUUCUAUGUGCUUCAAUUCAAUUUUUUUUGUUUAAUUUUUUUAAUUUUAAAAAAAUUUCUUCAUGUUUGAUGUUGAUGAUUCAGUUUUUCAGAGCAGAAUAUGAAACUGAAGAUAUAGUUACUGGUGUAUGUAUGAAGGAAUAAAUGGCUGGAGUUACGAAGGAGGAAGAGUCGGGUUCGAGUAGUCCUAGUUGGGGUGCUGCUUCCUUUUUUAUGCAGACAACGGAAGAUGUGGCUAAAGCUGUUGCUGCUGCGAUGAAUGCUCCAAGGCCGUCUAUUAUAUAUUCAUCCAAAAAUGAACAGGGUGGUGGUAGUCAGCUUCAAAGGCUUCAGUAUCAAGUUACGAAAAUGAUUAAAGGGUUUUCUCGUCCACCUGAAGUUAAAUAUACAAAUUACAAUCCGGAAAUCUUGACUAGUCAGAAGCGUCAAUGGGCUGCGAACUUUCAUUUGCAGUACAAUGAUCAUAGGUCUUGGAAGGAGCCAACAAAGUUGUUUGAAAGUAUGGUGAUUGUUGGACUUCAUCCUAACUGUGACAUUGAUGCACUGCAUAGCCAAUGUUUAGAUAAAAAGUUUGAGGACUCUGAUAGUGAUAGUGAUAAAUUCAGAAGUAUACUUGGUUAUCAGAAUCAAUCACGUGUGGAGCCUAAUGUUGAACCUCAGGUCUUGUUCAUUUACCCUCCAGAAAAGCAGCUACCUCUUAAAGAAAAGGAUCUUCUUUCUUUCUGUUUCCCUGGCGGUCUUGAGGUUAAUGCUGUUGAGAAAACCCCUUCGAUGAGUGAAUUGAACGAAAUUCAUUUCGGGCAGGAACACCUUAAACAAAGGGAUCUGUCUUUUGUAUUUAGGUUACAGGGUGCUGAUAAUUCAACACUUUAUGGGUGUUGUGUCUUAGUUGAAGAGAUAGUGCAUAAACCCUCUGGAUUGAUUUCUAUGGUUUCGGAUAAGCGGUUAUCUAACUCUUCUUUGAGACGCCAUGUAUUAACCACACAAAGAUGUUACUGCAUUCUCUCAAGGCUUCCAUUUUUUGAGUUGCACUUUGGUGUAUUGAACAGCAUCUUCAUGCAAGAAAGGCUAGAGCGGUUGUCAAAAAGCGUUGAAUUUUUAAAUUUAGAAUCUGUUGAAGGGAGUUAUGAGGAAGACAAACUUGACGAGAAUUCAAGAAUUUCUCAAUCAAACCUAAGAAAUUCUGUAUCUAAUAAUAUUGAGGGUGAUAGUAAUCAUCUAGAGAAACAAAUGGUCAAUGAGGAGCUACAUACACUUAAGGAGGGAGCAGAUGAUGAUGAUAUUGUGCCUAUUCAUCCUGAAACUGAUAGAAAAAUCGCCAAACAAGAAUCUGGCCCUACAGUUGCUGAAGACAGUAAUAUGUAUGGCGAUGCUUUGGUAACAAACAAACCGUCAGAAGAUAGGCGCGUACCAACUUCUAUCUUCCCUGUCCUGCGGAAUUGGCAAUAUGAAAGCUCUGAGUCUUCAUGCAGUUUUCAAGGAUCACCUUGUGAAGAUAGAAAUUUUAGGAGUGAUGCUGAUGAUACUGAGACAGAAGAUGCUUCAAUCUCGGGACAAGAGGAUAUAACUGACCUACAUGAGAUUCUUGAAUGGGCCAAGGCAAAUAAUUGUGGACCAUUACAAAUUAUUAGCGAGUAUUAUCGGUUUAGUUGCCCUACAAGGGGAUCAACACUUAUCUUUCAUCCUCUGGAGCACCUUCAUCCCUUGGAAUAUCACAGGCUAGAUGAUAAUGCUCUUUAUCUCUCUGGUUCGGCUGUUGAUUUGAAAUCCUGUAAUACGGGUCUGGAAUUAGUUGAGGCACAAAACUCUCUUCUGGUUGCAGAGGAGGCAACUGCGUUAUCUAUAUGGGCUGUAGCGUGCUUAUGUGGUACCUUAAGACUUGAACAUGUGUUGACAUUCUUUGCAGGAGCUCUACUGGAGAAACAGAUAGUAGUUGUCUGUUCUAAUUUGGGAAUUCUAUCUGCAUCAGUUUUAUCUGUUAUUCCACUAAUCCGACCCUACCAAUGGCAAAGCCUGCUAAUGCCGGUUUUACCAAAUGACAUGCUUGACUUUCUGGAUGCUCCUGUCCCUUACAUAGUUGGUGUGAGGAACAAGACAAGUGAAGUUCAGUCAAAGUUAAGCAAUGUUAUUCUGGUUGAUACCAACAAAAACCAGGUGAAAUCACCAUCACUACCUCAACUGCCAAGACAGAAAGAGCUAAUGUCUUCUUUACGUCCUUAUCAUACAACUCUUGUCGGAGAAAGUUACUUGGGUAGGAAAAGGCCGGUGUAUGAAUGCACUGCAAUGCAGAUAGAAGCUGCCAAUGAAUUCUUAUCAAUAUUAAGGUCUUAUUUGGAUUCCCUUUGCGAAAACAUCCGUUCACAUACAAUAACUAAUGUACAAUCCAAUGACGAUAAGGUAUCCUUGCUUUUGAGGGAGAGUUUCAUCGACUCAUUCCCUUAUCGUGAUCAGCCUUUUAUGAAGCUUUUCGUGGAUACACAACUCUUCUCGGUACGCACAGAUCUUGUUCUCUCUUUUUUCCAAAAGGAAUAGGAUGAAAUGCAAAACACUGCGAAUAUUGCUUCCUUUGUAAAGCCUGAACGCAAGUUCAGUGUUGUAUAAUCUCUAAAUGUGAGCGAAAAUUUUGGCCCAAUACAUGUAACGCAAAAUUCCAUCCGAAUUCACUCUUCGCCUUUAGGCUUUUAGUACAACCUGUACAUAGUUAAAUGAGAAUUCAAUCUUAAUUUUAGGAUUAUUAUAGGAUUCCAUUUAAUGUAAAUGACAAUUUUUCAUACACAUGUAAAAGCAGUGCUUUAUAAAUAUGGCCAUGUUGUCUUGGAAUUUUACAAGGGAACCAAGACACUGUCUUGGCAACUUCAA